CGAGCAUGCAGAGGGAGAAGGCAGGAGGGAAGAGAGGCAUCCAGAGAGGCAUCCGGACAUGUUAGAGUUGUGUCUGUUAGGAACACAUGUGGGAAAGAGAGAGAGAGAGAGGGACUAAAGGAAAGCAGCUGAGGAAAGCUUUCAAUGCAAAGAGGGCUCGAGGAGAAGAGGAUGAAGGGAAGAAAACACGGAGGAAGAGAAUAGAACAGCGAUGUCUGAGGCAGACAGCCACUCUGGAAGUAUAUCUCUGAUCCAGUCCAUGCUGCUCAGACUGAGCACUGCAGAAAACACGGAUCAACCUCCUAACACACACCCUAACACACCCCAACACCUCAGAACCUCAGUGGAAACAGACAGGGGAUUCUAUGUGACCCCUCAGGAUCACAAUAAUGCAGAGCUCAUAUUCCAAGGGAAGCUCGUUUCAGUGAUUGAGGAUGAUGAUAAUGGUGAUCAUGUUGAUGAUGAUAAUGAUCCACAAUUGGAAGUUCUGACUGAGAGGGACAACGAUCUGGAAUCAUCAGACAGGGAUUCAGAGGAGAGAGAAGAGGGGAAUUCCGGCAUUCUAUUUUUGGACGCAGGAUCGAAAAAACUGGUCGACGAGGAGAAAGAGGAAACCAGCGAAUCCCCUGCUGUGGUUCCCAGAUGGGAGAGAAGGCAGUUGCUACCCUGUCCCCCUGGCCUGGAUGCCAGACCACCGCCUCCCCCCGUUCCCCCCAAGAGGAAGGCUAAACCACCGCUACACCCUACAGGGCCACCGCCGCUGCCCCCUCCACCAGCCCUCGACCCUAGCCAGAGUAUCCCUGUGUUGGGGAGAGUGGUAGGCGAGGGCGCAGGCUGUGAGCUGAGGCCUACAGGGCAUGGGAGAGGGCCUGGAGGCCAGGAGGAGGAUAUGUUGUCAUCCUCAGGGGAUAGGCUGUCUAUGUACUCAGCUGUCAUCCUCAAGUCAGAACGCAGAUUCUCACAGCCCCUUCUGGAUCCUACUCUGGACUCUACAGCACAGAGGGGUGGGGGGGUGCAGCAGUUGGAGACGACUGUGUCCGUGGCAACACAGGACCCUUCCCAGCUGAGGGGGAAGGAUAUAGGGCGCCCCCCUAAAGCCUCUGAGCCGGUGGGGAUGGGGGUAAUGGGGGUACCCAAACCAUUGGAAUCGAUCGCACCCAAGCCGCUUAUACCCAAACCUCCACACAGAAACAGAUCUCUGCCCCAGGGUCCUGAGAGGAGAGCCCAGGACAGUCCAGAUGGAAGUGCCUCUUCUGGGUCUGAAACGAGAGACAUCCCCCCUGACCUCCAGUCUAUACCUCCAGAGACAGAGGGAGUCAGAGAACCACCAGAGCCUAGCGAACACAUCGCAGAUGGGAGCGAGAGCUCCAGAACCCCUGCCGAGUUUAGGUGUAACACGGAGGAGGGAGGUUUGAUGGAAGGGGGGAGGAAUUUAGAAUGCACACAUAAAGUUGUGGUUCAGGACGCUGCAACAUGGGGUGGUGGGGGUGUGCUUGGGUCGAAACACCCAAAUAUUAAGACAAUGAAGGGAGGAAAGGUGAAGAAAUUUGCCAAGAAGAUGAUGAGCAGAUGGAAGCAGAGUCGAGAGGAGAAGAGAGGGAAUGGAGAGAUUCAGGAGGACAACGGAGAAAAAGAGGUGGAGAGCGAAAUGCCAUUGGGGAACCUCCGUCAAGAUCGACAUUCAGUCAGGUUGCACACCAAAAUGUCCGUCAUAGAGGAAGAGGAGGACGAAGAGGAGAAGAGGAGUAGUGAGGCUGCUCCACCGACGAUGGAGCCGCCCAGCCAAGCUGAGACGGAGAGGAAGCCUGUGGGACAGCGUGCACGUUUUCAGAGCUCCUUCAGCUCUUUCAAGUUCAACUUCAGUCCCAUCAGCUUGGUGGACGAGAUUCUAACAGGAGAGGAGUGGUCACCAUUCCUGUCCAUUAAGGACAGUCCCGCCCCCUCACUGUCCGUUUACCAAUCAGAGGCUGCUAGCCAACACGGUGGUGAUGAAGGCGACCAAUUAAAGACUGAACCAGAGUUGCGCCUCCCCAACGACGUUCAACAUAACCACGAGGACAUAGGCCAUUCUUUAUAUGAGGAUGUUCACUUCAGCCAAUCAAGUUCGAAUGAGAUUGUGGACAACCAAUCGGACAAAAGACAACAGGAUGUAGACAACAACAAUGACACUGGAGCUGAUGCAAUUGCUGUCAUCAAACCGAAGAUACUAUUGGACAAUGAUGCAGCGGAGGAGAGUGAGUUGGACCACUCCAGACCCAUAUCUAAGGACAUCCAUGACUCUAAGUCCCCCAUAAGGAACCAAUCAAAGGACCAUCUUGACUUCUCCUGUGUUAAGUCACUUGGAGUUCUGGACAGUUCUGCUCAGAAACAUAAAAUUCAUCUGAGCAAAAAGAGAAAGCACAGACUUCCGGGGCUAAAGACGAGAAAGACCUUCAAGAUAAGACGCACUGCAAUCAAAGCCCCGGAAAUCAAAUUCCUCAAACCCUCUCCUCCUCCCACCCUCUCUCCCACAUCCCUCCCUUCUUCCUCCUCUUCCUGCUCCUCUCCCUCCUAUGUCUUUCCGUCCUCUGUUUUCUACAGCAUCCCUCCGUCCGCUGAAGAACACGACCACGGGACAACACCGACACAGGGCAACUUCUCCGUUAAGACCACUGAAUGCAGCAGAAAGCCAGAUGCAAGUCCUAAGCUGCCUCUGUCCAAGUUCAUGACAGUCCUGAGAGACAAAACCAAGAAGAAGAUUCAAUAGUGAAGAGAACUAGGUCUUGGUGAUCAAAUAGUAACCCAUAGCUCCUUCUACUAGCCCCUACCUGCACCCUACCUCUCGGCCCUACCUGCACCCUACCUCUAUCCACUACCUGCACCCUACCUACCUCUAAGCUCUACCUGCACCCUACCUCGAGGCCCUACCUGCACCCUACCU